AUGGCAAUUAAUUUUGGCUUGGCGGGUAGGGUUGAGCUGGCUUGUUCUCGCGAUUUUUCUCUAUUACACGGAUUUCGCUAUAGAAUUUCGUAUCACUCGAAGCCAAUGGCUAACAAUAAGUCUCCUCCUAACACAAAGAUCAUGUCGAGCUUGACUCAAGCUCUUGACACUUCAGUCCCGAGCUUUCAGCCCACGGGUGAUUAUGACCAUAAGGCCGAGGUUCAAGCCUUUGACAAUCUCAAGCUUGGUGUUCAAGGCCUAGUGGAGGCCGGGAUCACCAAUGUUCCUCGCAUAUUUCAUCAGGACACGAAAACAUUUCCCCAUAACCAGUCCUCCCCCGUCAUUUUCCCGGUCAUAGAUCUUGAAGGUUUGGACCGGGAUGCAACAAGUAGGAGAAAGAUUGUAGAAGAAAUCGGAAAGGCAUCGGAAGUGUAUGGUUUCUUCCAAGUGGUCAACCAUGGGAUCCCAAUUGAUGUAAUGAACGAGAUGUUCGAGGGAGUGCGCAAAUUCCACGAGCAAGAUCCCGAGGAGAGGAAAAAAUUGUAUGUUAGGGACGAGACAAAGAGGUUUGCCUAUAAUAGUAACUUCGACUUGUUCUCGACCUCUUCGGCCAAUUGGAGGGAUAGCCUACGGUGUCGCAUGACACCAUUCCCGCCUAAUCCCGAAGAGUUUCCUCAAAUAUGCAGGGAUAUAAUAAUGGUGUACACUCAACAUACCCUUAAAUUUAGAGACGUGUUGUUUGAAUUGCUAUCCGAAGCUCUAGGGUUAGAACGAGACCACUUGAGUCAAAUGGGAGUUGGAAAAGGACUCUUCUUGUUGGGACAUUUCUACCCGGCUUGUCCCGAACCAGAUCUAACAAUAGGCACCACUCCCCACACCGACGCGGGAUUCAUCACAAUGGUUAUGCAAGACAAAGUCGGGGGACUUCAAGUUCUCUAUGAAGAUCAAUGGCAUGAUGUAAAGCCUCUAGAUGGAGCUUUGGUCAUUAACAUUGCAGAUCUUCUACAGUUGGUCACAAAUAACAAAUUCAAGAGUAGGACUCAUAGAGUGUUGGCUCAAAAAAUGGGACCGAGGAUCUCGGUGGCUGCCUUAUUCCGAGAGCAUUAUGGAGAGACUAUCGCCACCAAGUUUGGACCCAUUAAGGAAUUAUUGUCGGAGGAUAACCCUCCGAUCUAUAGGGAAGCCACCGUCAAAGAUUUUGUUUCGUAUCGUUUCAUGAAAGGGCUCGCUGCUACAUCACCCUUGGACAAUUUCUUGAUCUAA